AUGGCAGCAAUUAAAAUGAGAGUUUUCGUUGCAGUAACUGCCUUGGUUAUGGCUGCCUCGACUAUUCAAAAUGCUGCAGCUGCUGAUGCACCUGCACCUAGCCCAACUUCGGAUGCGUUUAUGUUUGUUCCUGCUGUCUUUGCUUCUCUGACAGCAGUUGCCUUUGGCAUUCUUUUCUGA